AAGAGGAAGCGGCUCAGGAAGAGGAGACACUCGUCCAUCCUGCGGACAAGAGGAAGAGUCGCACGGGAGGACGUUUCAGCGCGUGAGAUGGCAGGCAAUGACGCAAGAUAGCUGAGGAAAAGGCUUUGAAUCAAUAAGGAGAGCCACAAUUGCGAUCAUUCGGACUUGUGAAUCUACGACACGAACUAUGGCGUCCUACAGCCCCGCUCCAACACAAGAAGGCCAGAACGGUCAUGCCAAUUCUGUGAAGUCCGAUGGCUCAGGGGAGUCCAUGAAACUGAAGAAGGAGAUCUCCCUGCUCAACGGCGUGUGUCUGAUCGUGGGCAACAUGAUCGGCUCGGGAAUCUUCGUCUCUCCCAAAGGUGUGCUGAUUCACAGCGCCUCCUAUGGCCUGUCACUGGUGGUGUGGACCAUUGGCGGGAUCUUCUCAGUGUUUGGGGCCCUUUGCUAUGCUGAACUGGGAACCACCAUCACAAAGUCAGGGGCCUCCUACGCAUACAUCUUAGAAGCAUUUGGAGGUUUUAUGGCAUUCAUCCGUCUGUGGACCUCGCUGCUGAUCAUCGAGCCGACCAGCCAGGCGGUCAUCGCUAUUACCUUCUCCAACUACAUGGUGCAGCCCAUCUUCCCAACAUGCGUCGCUCCGUACCUGGCCAACCGCCUGCUGGCCGCCGCCUGUAUCUGUCUGCUGACAUUUGUCAACUGUGCCUAUGUGAAGUAUGGCACCAGAGUACAGGACUUCUUCACCUACGCCAAAGUCAUCGCCCUCAUCGCCGUCAUCAUCACCGGCCUGGUUAAGAUCGGACAAGGUCAUACGCAGAACUUUGAGGGUCUCUUUGAUGGCUCGUCGCGGGACCCUGGAGGCAUCGCUCUAGCUCUGUACUCCGCCCUAUUCUCUUACUCUGGAUGGGAUACGCUCAACUUCGUCACAGAGGAGAUCAAGAACCCAGAGAGGAAUCUCCCAUUGGCUAUCGCCAUCUCCAUGCCCAUCGUCACCAUCAUCUACAUUAUGACCAACGUGGCCUACUACACUGUGCUGCCCAUGAACGCCAUCUUGGAUAGCGAUGCGGUCGCUGUGACGUUUGCAGAUCAGGUGUUUGGGGUGAUGAACUGGACCAUCCCUCUGGCUGUGGCCCUGUCCUGCUUCGGAGGACUGAACGCUUCCAUUCUGGCGUCGUCACGGCUUUUCUUUGUGGGCUCCAGAGAAGGUCACCUGCCUGACUACCUGUGCAUGAUCCAUGUGCACCGCUACACUCCCAUCCCAGCCCUGCUCUUCAACGGGAUCAUGGCUCUGAUAUACCUGUGCGUGGAGGACGUCUUCAGACUCAUCAACUACUACAGCUUCAGCUACUGGUUCUUUGUGGGGCUGUCCAUUUUGGGCCAACUAUACCUGCGCUGGAAGCAGCCGGACAGGAAGAGGCCGCUGAAGUUGAGUGUGGUCUAUCCCAUCAUCUUCUGUCUGCUCACCGUCUUCCUGGUGGUGGUACCGCUCUACAGCGACACCAUCAACUCCUUGAUCGGUAUCGGCAUCGCUCUGUCCGGAGUUCCUGUCUACUUCCUCUGCUGCUACACACCUGCCCACAAGAGGCCGCUGUGGCUUCGCCGCUUCAUAGCGAAGUCUGGCAUCCUCAUUCAGAAGGUCUGCUACUCAGUUAUAACCGACAUGGACAAAGACGAGUGAGUGUACUCCCUCCCGCUCGGAUAGACUUGAACUGGGGCCUGACGGAUCACCUGACUGCGAAGGAAGGCCUCAGCGGAGCCGACCCAUUCAUGAAUCUACGUGGAUGCCUUUAAUUAUUGCAGGCCUGGAAAGAAGAGUUUUAUUAAUGGAGAAUAUGGCCUGACACACCAGCUUUAAAAUUCAGAUAUGCUUUUGUGGUCAGAUGAUGGUCUCUGAGAGACGAUCUGUUGA